AUGGACCUAAAAUCCGAGUAUACCUCAAUCUGCAGCCUGCCGAACGAACUCCUUGACUUGAUCACAUCGCACCUGCCGAACCGGGACAUCAAAUCUCUACGCCUGUCGUGCAGGGGUUUAAGCAACGUGCUCCCACGACUCAAACGAGUCUUCCUCUCCGCUAGCCCGCGCAACAUUGAGAUCUUUCGCAACAUCGCUGACCAUGAAAUUCAUCGCCAUGGUGUUGAGGAGAUUAUCUGGGACGAUGCGCUCCUGAGAAUGGGGUAUUUAUCCGAAGAGGAGAGGGACAACGAGGACUUGGGCUGGGAGUUUGAAUUUGAUCGGGAUGAUGCUCGAAAUCCAGACUUAUGUCCUCUAUGGUUUGCUAAAGCCUGUCGAGAGAAUUUGGAGAUGUUGCACGAUCGCAAGGGACUUGAUGUUGAUCGACCGGACCAUAUCGCGCGGGCUCUUCAAGUGGUUGCUUCACUAAAACCCUUACAGGUACACUGGACAAAGUAUAGGAGACUGUUUGAUGAACAAAGGCGAGUCUUCACGACUAACGCAGAUAUGGAUGCUCUCCGCUAUGGAUUGGAGCAAUUCCCCUCUUUGAAAAGAAUCACCAUCACGCCAGCCGCCCACGGCUGGUUAUUCAACCCCCUGUAUGAGACCCCCAUGAUUCGUUCGUUUUCGGAGGGCUUCAACUACCCAAUUCCACGCGGAUGGCCAAGGCGCAGGGACUGGCGUGAUCGAAACCGAGCAUCAAUGGGUAAGGAAAAGCAGUGGCGCGGUUGUCAGGCUGUGAUGAAUCUGCUGGCUCAGGUGAAAGAGCAUCACGUAACUGAAUUAGUGAUUACAGACCAUGAGCUGGAACGGGGCUUGGAUUGCAACAUGUUUAAGGUUCCCUGGGAGGAGUACGGAGAUCUAGUCUCUAUUUUGAAACGACCGGGCUUCUCUCGACUAGAUCUCGCCCUCGCAGCCGCCAAAAUGGACGAGGCUGAUAUUGUCGUCCAGUCAAUGUCGGACUGGCCAUCCUUCCAUAAUGGAAACCUUCGUUACGCUUUGGCUCAAGCAACGGACUUGGAACACAUACAUCUAAGCGCCUGCUACAUAGAUAUGAAGCGUGGGCAGAAGAACUUUAGAUCGAUGAGACGUGGUAUGUCGCUAAAUGCGAUCUUUCCAGUUCAACAAUGGCCCAAGCUACGACACUUUGGGAUCUCGAACUUCGUCGUCACUACAGACGAUGUGAUCUCCUUUUUGAAAAAGCUCCCGGAGACAAUCCGUUCGGUGGAGCUCAAAUUCUUAUACUUUCUUGACGAGGGUGGCAGUUGGCCGAACUUGCUCCGACGUAUACGUGAUGAGGUAGGCUGGAGGGCGCGAGCGGUCACCACGAGGCCUAAGCUGGUCCUAGCUCUCGAAGGAAAAACAUCGGAGUGGCCUGCUCGAUCUAUCUGGAUCGAUGAGGAAGUAAAUGAGUUCCUUUAUAAAGAUGGGGUAGAUCCAUUCCGCAGGCUCAUGACGAUACCGAAGAACGGGGUAGGAGUCGAACGAGACCUUUUUGAGCCCGAGUAUGAGCGGCCUUACACUACCGAUGUGAAGACUUUGGAGCGUCUUGGGAUCGUCAAGGAGCCUAAGGAAGUAUGGUUUAGAUAG